UAUUCUGUAAAGUCGACCCCAUUUUAUGAGGAGCAUCUUGAUGAAGAAAAUGGUUUCUCAUCUUAUUCAGGCACAGAUACGGGAAGGAUUGGCUCUGGUCAUCAGACCAUAAACUCUAAAUCGUGCUUUGUAACCUCAGAUUCCUCAUCUCAAGCCACACCUUGGGAUAUAGAAGAUUGCCCUGAUAUUGACACACUUGAAGAGAGAUCUAGAUCUGUUAUAAGGGCUGGCAAUAAGAAUUUUUUGGAUAGUGAAGAAAAGGAUCACAGAUUCAGUUAUGACAUGAAGUUGAACAGCUCCAGCCAAGAGAACUACACCACGUGUUGGACAAAAAGUGGAUUAGAUUUUACCACUCCAUGCCGAUUCCCUCAAAGACACAAUUUGAAUAUUGAAAUUUCCCCGCUUUGCACAGAUAUAUUGACAGAUGAGACACACUGGUCAAAUUGUGAUUCACAUGAUGGAGAUCACACGGAUACUGGAAUCUACAAAAGCCAAAGAGGCCAGCUUGCAGACUACCAGCACUGUGAAAGGUAUCAUUCUAUCAACGAAAGGUCAAGAAGCCACUCGGCUCCACCCUUUUAUAGAAGUAAAAGAAGGUUUAUUGCCUUGAAUCAUCCUGUGACAAAGGAAACAGAAGCGGCCGAGAUGAAGCAUCCCCAUCAUUCUUCUGAUACUUUUCAUCAAAAUUUGAAGCAAAGUGCUGUGGAGGAUUUAUUCUUAGAUACCAGACUCGCUUCCAGGCCAGAUGAGAAUAAUGUGACAGACCUUGAAGAAGACAUCAAGAAUGUUCACAAAGAUGGAAAGCUUGAACAAUCUCUACAUGUCAAAAUUACAAAUACUGAUCCAGUUAAAGAGUAAUAAUAAAUUACACGAUGUCCGCAAUCAGAGUGAUAUGCUUGAUAUUUCUUCCCGGUUCUUGCACCUCGCUACUGACUCAUUAGUUCCUAAUUCUAUUAACAAGCAUUUCCUUGAGAAUGCCAAAGUUCUCCAACAGGUGGAUAAGAAGUUUAUUCCAAUAUUUGUGGCUGGCAAAACGCUUGCUGUUAUUGAUCAGCAUGCUGCAGAUGAAAGGAUUCGGCUAGAGGAGCUGCGUCAAAAGGUCUUGUCUGGAGAAGCCAGGACUAUUACGUAUCUGGAUGCUGAACAAGAACUGGUAUGUCUCUAUUUGAUGCUUCAUGAAGCUUUAAUUGGUUACUUGGGUAUUUGAGUUUCUUGUUAUGUGUAAUUUUAGAUGCUGCCAGAGAUUGGGUUACCACUUAUUGCACAAUUAUGCUGAGUCAGUAAAAGAGUGGGCUUGGAUCUGCAACAUUAAGGUCUUUAUCAUUCUAAUCUUUUGCAGGAAUUUGAACAUUCUCCAUGAGAAACCUACAAUUGUCACACUUCUUGCAGUGAGCAUCAUCAUUUCUCUUUUUUAAUUCUUGCAGCUCUUAUGUGCGCUCAAAUCAUGUCAAAAAAAAGAAUUUUUGAAAAUUAUCGAAUAUUGAUAAAAUCUUGAUUCAAAUUUAUAAUAAAAUAAAAUAAAAUUAAUUGUUA